UUCUAUCGUAAACUUCUAACCGAAUUCAGCUGUUGUGAAGUAUUCGUGUAGUACGUAUGCCGCGUUUUAGGCUUCGGAGGAGUCGGAGAUAAGACGAGAGGCCCGAAGUUCUACCUGGAGGUGGAGGAGGAUCCUGUCUCGCCGACGAAGACGACGCGAUGACGGGGUUCACGGAGAGCGCCUUGGUCAAGCGGCUGAUGGAUCUGAACCCAUCGCAGCAGAGCAUUCAGACGCUCUCGCUCUGGCUCAUACAUCACAGAAAACACCAUCCGACCAUCGUGAAGAUCUGGUUCAAGGAAAUGUGCAAAGUGAAGGACAAUCGCAAAUUAAUGUUUAUGUAUCUGGCAAACGAUGUCAUCCAAAAUAGCAAGAAGAAAGGGCCAGAAUUUGGAAAGGAAUUUGAAACAGUCUUACCAAAAGCGUUUGAGCACAUGAAAGGUUUCGAUGAAAAAACAAGGGACCGAUUAAACAGGUUAUUACAAAUCUGGGAAGAGAGAGGAGUUUAUGACAAAGCACAGAUAGCAGAAUUUAAAGCAGCUUUUGCAGCUUCCGAAAAGAAUUCCGAAAAAGAUUCUGUGACACCGCCGAAAAAGAAAGCAAAACUUGAAAUAGAAAAAGUAAAGAAAGAAAAGAAGGAGAAGAAAAAAUCAGAGACUGAAGUCGAAGUGGAUGGCACCAAAGAGCUUCAUGUGACAUUGAGUCCACGAACUCCUGCCGGCGAUCCACCGGAAACCGAGGAACUCAUCAAAGCCUUAAUGGAUCUAGAAAAUACCGCGUCUUCGGAUGCGGGUGUUAGAGAACGGAUUGCGUCCUUGCCACCAGAAGUCUCGGAGGUCUCGCUGCUCGCGAAUCUCGCCGAUCGAACGGCCGCAGAUCAGUUGAGCGCCGCAGUAAACGAGGCCGCGGCUCUUCUAGCCGAUUACAAUGGACGACUGCAAGCCGAAAUGGAGGACAGAAGGAGAUUACUAACAAUGUUACGAGACUACACUCUGGCGCAGAGGCAACUGCUUCAGCAGGCGCAAAGCACCUUAGAAGACUAUAAAGAAAAGCUUAAGAAGGUAUGUGCGGUUCGAUCGGAGGUGAAGUCUCAUAUUUCGAAUCUUCCUGAUUUAACGCAAUUGCCCGACGUGACUGGCGGCCUGGCACCUCUUCCUUCCGCCGGGGAUCUGUUUUCCCUGCACUAGUAUAGAAACAUUUUUAAGUCUCGUGAGGAUGCGAAGAUCUAGUGGGCUUCAAUAUCAACUUUCCUGUAUCGUCACAACUCAUGUUAAAAUCACCAAGCACACUUCUGGCUCGCUGAGUUAUAAUACUGGGUGCUAUCACUCGUCUAUGCACUCCCAUCAUAAAUAAUAUCACUGCAAUAGUAAUUUUUGACAUGAUAGUGAUGCAAACUUAUGUAAAAAAAAUAAACAGACAUAAUUUCUA